UUUCAAAGUAUUGCUUUCGGCUGCUGAAAACUGCUCAUUAUGGGAAAGAUAAUCUUUUACGAGGACAAGAACUUUCAAGGUCGGUCAUUUGAGUGCAACAGUGACUCCAGUGAUCUACACUCUUUCUUCAGUCGCUGCAACUCAAUUCGAGUUGAUAAUGGAACCUGGAUGGUGUAUGAACACCCCAACUACAAAGGGCACCAGUACUUCCUGAAGAAAGGUGACUAUCGAGACAUCCUGCAAUGGUCAGGACUCAAUGAUUCCAUCAGGUCCUGUCAUCUGAUACCACAGCAUCGUGGCACUUUCCGGAUUAGGAUUUAUGAAAAGGAGGAUUUUGGAGGCCAAAUGAAGGAAUUUACUCAAGACUGCCCUAAUGUUCAGGAGCAGUUCAGAUUUAAUAACAUCCACUCAUGCAGCAUCCCUGAGGGUCAAUGGAUUUUCUAUGAGGAGCCUAACUACAGAGGACAUCAGUACUACCUAAGAACUGGAGAAUAUGCAAGGUUUUCUGAAUGGGGUUCUAGCAGCCCCAAAGUGGGUUCUUUCCGAAAAGUGAUAGACUUCUGCUAAAAUACAAAUACAAUAAAGUAAUAAAU